AUGGAAGGUCAUAGUGACAUGAAUGAGAGAAGAGAAAGUUUGAUUAAUGUUGUGAUAGGAGGAUCUGGAGAGGAAGAAAUAGAGAGAAGUUCUAUCGGUGACAACAUAAUUGGUGGUGCAUCUGUAGAUGAACGUUGUGAAUCAUCAUCGAAGAGAAAGAAACCCAUUAGGCAUAAUUCCGAUCAGAUUCAAGCGCUUGGAUCGUUUUUCAAAAAGAAUUCACUUCCUAACAAAAAAGUACAACUAGAACUUGCAACAAAAUUAUCCAUGGACAUCAACCAGUCGCAAUUGAAAUUGUACGAAAAUAAGACUCUGAAGCAAGAAAAUGACAAGUUUCGCAUUGAGCAUAUUGUAAUGAAGGAAGCCCUGGAAAAUUCAAUUCGUUACAAUUGUAAAGAAAAAAUAGAUGAGAAUCAAAGAAAGAUUGAGCAUGACCAAUUGGAAGAUGAAGUUAAAAGGCUUACCGCCCAAGCGUACAAAUUAAGCUUAUUUAAUAAAGAUGUAGUGCAUGAUAAGAUGGUGUUAUUGAAUCUUGCUAUGGAUGCCUUGAAUGAGCUUUUUAGGCUGUAUGAGAAUGAUAAACCUCUUUGGGUAAGCAGUUUGGAUGGAGGUGGAGAAACGUUAAAUAUUGAGGAAUAUGCUCGAUUGUUUACCCCAUUAAUUGGCACGAAACCUGAGCAUUUCACAACGGAAGCCACAAAGGCAUCAGGUAUAGUGGCUGACACUAGUUUGGCAUUGGUGAAUACACUGAUGGAUAAGAGGCAGUGGGUAGAGAUGUUUCCAUGCAUUGUUGGAAAAACAUAUACUACUGAUGUGAUUUCCACUGGCAUAGGUGGAAAUAAGAGUGGUUCUCUGUUAUUGAUUAAAACUGAAUUGCAAAUCAUUUCUGUCCUAGUUUCUGUUCGUGAAGUACAAUUUCUUCGCUUCUGUAAGAAACAUGUUGAAGGUGUAUGGGCUAUCGUCGAUGUGCAGUGGGUAGAGAUGUUUCCAUGCAUUGUUGGAAAAACAUAUACUACUGAUGUGAUUUCCACUGGCAUAGGUGGAAAUAAGAGCGGUUCUCUGUUAUUGAUUAAAACCGAAUUGCAAAUCAUUUCUGACCUAGUUUAUGUUCGCGAAGUACAAUUUCUUCGCUUCUGUAAGAAACAUGCUGAAGGUGUCUGGGCUAUCGUCGAUGUGUCUGUUGACACAAUUCAAGAAGGUUCACAACAGAGCGAAAUUGAAAAUUGUCGGAGGCUCCCAUCUGGCUGUAUUUUACAAGAUAUGCCAAAUGGUUAUUGCCAGGUUACUUGGAUUGAGCACAUGGAAUAUAAUGAAAAUCUUGUCCACGAUUGGUAUCGCCCUGUGAUAAAGACUGUUGAUUUAAGUGGUGAGAGAGGUAUAAGGAUGUUGGCUCAACGUAUGACGCAUAAUUUUUGUGCGGGGGGGGAUGAUUCUGGUGCUAAUCGAGUGAUCUUGCAAGAUACUUGCAUGGAUGCAACUGGAUCUCUUUUGGUUUAUGCUACAAUUGAUUCACAAGAAAUUAAUACCGUGAUGAAAGGAGGGGACUCUUCUUGUGUGACUCUCUUCUCAAAUGGAAUAACAAUAGUCCCAGAUUAUUUUCAAGAUUUCUCUACAACUAAUAACUAUAAUGUUAUUUCUGGGGAGAUGAAUAAUGGGUUCGGUGGUGGAUCGUUGGUGACUAUCAGCUUUCAAAUGGUGGGGAACAUCUUUCCAGCUACAACUCUUUCUAUGGAGUUGGUCAAAGAAGCAAAUGCACUCAUCUCACACACAAUUCACAAGAUCAAGAGUGCUCUUAAAUGCAAGUGA